AUGGCUAUUAAGAUCGUUGAUACUCAGGCAACCCUCAGUGUAGACAUUUGUUGUUAUUUUUCGCCUUCAACUGCCUCGUCUUAUAGUAAGAGGCGGCGCAGAGAUGACGCCGACGCCGACGCCGCCUCCGAAGCCUCAUCGCCCUCGAAGGUCUCCCGCAAGAGCGACUUGAGUAAUUUUGGCGCCUCGCAUAGACCGAAUCUGCUGCAGCCCUACAACGACUGUUGUGGCUGCGGCGUUCAAUAUCUCCUCCACGUCGCCCACGUCUUCGACAAAGCCGCCAUUGCCGAAUUUCAGUCCUACCGCAAUCGCGGUCUGGUCAGCCUAGAGACCCUUGGCGACUACGACAACGCCAUCUACCUCUGCGCAGCCGACCACGGUGCAUACGAUGCCUCAGCCCCACUGCUCGUUAUCGCUCCCAAAUACCUCGACUUUUUCUUCGACACGGAAAGCAACUGGCAGCACGAAUUGAAGGAAUCGCUGGUGCCCCUAGCUCGUCCACUCAUCACAGCGAGCGAUUAUACAAGACAUUGCAAGCAGAGGCUGGGCGAAUUCGAUGCGGGCCCGCUCUACGUGGCCUACCCACUGGCGGAUUACAAGGUCAAGGGUCAAGUUGGUUCAGCAUCCGAAUUUGCGUGGCAUGGUGACCCCGGUGCAGCACUGUGGCAUGCGAAAAGGCUGCUCAUUGCGACCCUGGCAGCUAGUCCAGAGCCGGAGCAUUACUCAGCGGUAAGGCACAUAAGAAGGCGGCUGCUUGACCUUCAGGAUCUGUACGAAGAGGGAGACAAAAAGUGGAAGUUCCGAGUCGAGCCAGCGGACGCAGCAUCUCAAACAGCAUCAUCCGGCCAAGACGGCGAUGCAGGAGCCGGCGCUCAGAGUCCUUCACCAAAAAAACCCCAACCUCCCCCCUCUGCACCACAAACCAGCAGCUCCGGCUCGGCAAAUCGGGACUCCCAAUACCCGCAGUUCCCGACCACGUACUCGCUGGACAACACUCCACUCUUCCUGGACACACCCAAUCUCAAGCGCAUGCGAGCUGAAACAGAUGUUGAGGACGCAGAGCAGAAAGCAGACUUCGAGAACACGUUGCACACACCGAUCCCCGUAACGCACCAGUCGCGCAAACGUUGGAAGCCUGCCGCCGUCAGGACGCGUGCACCACACCAGAAAAAUCAGCAACCGUCCAACGAGCUCGACCGAGGUGACGGUACAGUACUGGAAUACCAUUUUCCGACUUAG